AUGACCGGCAACGACCAGGACGUCUUUCGCAAAGUCGGCCGCGGCGGCGCAGGCAACUUUUACUCUGUAAAGGACGACAAAGCUGCUGCUGCCGCCGCCGCUGCAGAUAGGGAUCUCGAGCGUCAAGACCCCGUCGUCACGACCGUCCCAGAUCCCGCUACGCCAGGGCAACCGAUUCGCGCUGGUCGCGGCGGAGCAGGCAACUACAUUGACCCGUCGCAACUCCCGGACGCAGACGAAAAGAGCCGCAUAUCGAAGGAGGUCACGGCCGCAGUAACGUCGAGUCUGAAGAAGCAUCCGUCGCGGGCCAUGGGCGGGCGUGGUGGCGCAGGGAAUUGGACGGGAGAGGAGCACGAGAAGCCGCAUAGCGAGGAGGGCGGGAAUGCGGCCCACGAGCUGGAGAGGAAGGUCAAGGAGGCGGUUGAGAAGGGGUUAAAGAUUCCGGACAAGGUUCAUCAUGGAAGGGAGAAGGAGAUUAAAUGA